UCACUUUGACAGUUCGGUGGAAAAGCGCAAGCAUCUCGCGGAUUAUAUAGCACAAAACAACAAAAUCUAGUUUUCCUCUUGAUUGUUUGCUGGUGGUUAGCUAGCAGAUAUUGAAAUUCGCAGUGAAGGAAAAUUGAAAACUGAACCAAAUCGCGACUAUUGGUUCCUGUACAGAAAAGUGCUGUCCGUUUGGGGAAUCGUGUUAUUGUCCGCGUGAAUGUGCCCUUGAAAGUGGCGGUCCGAAACAGUUCCGGUUGUUGGCGUUGGAGGCGGUUCAAUUUCGUAUGAUAGCGUUCGAUUCAAUUAGUAUCCAUUGACGUUCGCUACCACUAACAGCAACAGCCCCAGGGCUGUCCGAUUUGGGUUGCAUUCGAUUGUUUACGGGAAAAAUCUGUGGGUGGCGUUUUUUUUGUUUAGAUCAGUGUCUUCGCAGCAGAGAAAAAAUCGGAAUACACCUGUCUGCUUCGCUGCCCCCGUCGUCAUCAUCGGAUUGCAUGCUGGCGUCGACCAUGGGAAAGUACACGCAUAGUUCCCAUCUCGGGAACCACCGGAACUUGGAGCAGCUCAGCAAUGAUUUAAUCCAGGAGUGCAAAAUGUGUACCGAGCACAAUCGGCUCUCCAAAGUUCUCAGGGACCGACUCGAAGGUUUACCGCGACACCUCCGCAAAGAGGUUGUCAAACGAACCCGGGAGGGUUGCGCUCCCUUGUUCAUCGCUUGUCGCCGGGGCAAUGUCGAGAUCACCGAGUAUCUUGUUACGGUUUGCGAUGCCAACAACGAGCAGCGGGGUCUAUACGAGGUGUCGGAAGACCGUUCCGUGCACUGUGUCACGCCGCUCUGGUGUGCGUGUGUAGCCGGCAAACUGGCCGUAGUGAAAUGCCUGGUGCGGCUGGGUUCCAACAUCAAUGCCCUCUCGGACACCGGCUCGACACCGCUGCGAAGUGCCUGCUUCAUGACCCACAUCGAUAUCGUUCAAUAUUUGGUGGAGAAUGGAGCAGAUAUACGGAAGCCAAAUUACAAUGGUGGUACCUGCCUUAUUAAUUCUGUGCAGUCGGUGCAGCUGUGCAAUUAUUUGAUAAGCAAAGGCGCCGAUGUCAAUGCGAGAGACAUACAAGACAAAACAGCGCUGCAUUAUGCUAUCCAGGAGCACCGUUUGGAAACGGCACAACUCUUGCUAGAACAUGGGGCUGAUCCAUUUGCAAAAAGUCGCUACGGCGACGACGCUCUGCAAACAGCCUGCCUCAAAGGCGCUCACCAAAUAUUUGAUUAUCUCAAAAAUCGCAUAAACUACUCCUCGGAACGUCUUGCAGAUGCACACGAACUUAUCGGUUCCACAUUCAUCGAUGAUCAUAACGAAACGCGGGUUGCCAUCCUUCACUGGCGAUUAGCAUAUCACAUCCGUUUGCGAGGUUUUACCUACAUUCGCAAAAGGCCUGAGGUGCCAUCCCGGCCGGCCUACGGAUAUGCCGAAGAAUUCUCCACCAUGGCUGAGCUGGACAACAUCGCAGCAGAUGUUGAUGCCAUGCGAAUGCAAAGCUUGCUAAUCUACGAACGCAUCCUGGGAAUCGGCCACAAAGAUACGCUGUUUCGACUCAUGUUCCGGGGCGCUUCCUACGCCGAUUCUCUGCGAUUCCAGCGAUGCAUCGAUCUGUGGCUGCUUGCCUUGCAGAUUCGAGUACAGAAGUAUUCGAUUCUCUAUUCGGACACCUGUCUGACGGCCCAGGCUAUCGUGCGCCUAAUGUUGGACCUGUUAGAUAAGUACAUCGACGUGAUGCCGAACGAAUUCGUCGACCAGGGAAUGCCUCGCUUCGAAGAUGUCUACGCCGUGUUUCAGGUGCUAACUUCCAACAUUGAUGAGGCUCGUCAACUGCUCAAUAUCCGACCGGUGCACCGGAAGCAACAGGAAAACUUCGACCGCAUUCUCAAGUGCUUGACGCAUUUAAUGUAUCUGCUCCUGGCUACGGCCAAAACCGAAGAUGAACGUGAACUGAUUAACAGCUCCGUGCGACCUCUGUUACGAAGCAACAUUCGCAGUUCUAUCACCAACGAUACCUUACUGCACCUGUCGGUCUCGCGACUCAACGUCAUCAAAAGUGGAUAUUUCACCGACGACAGCAGUCUGAGGGUGAUCUUCCCGAACCUGAACGUCGCCAAGCUGUUGCUAGAAUGUGGCGCCCACGUUAAUGCCAAGAACGAAAGCAAAUCAACACCGCUGCUGAUCGCGUCAAUGCCGUACAAUUACGAACGUGAACUGGUUCACACGUUGCUGGAAUACGGUGCGCACCUGGAUCAACCCAAUAAAAACGACGACCGCCCGAUGGCACUGAUAUCCAUCAACCCGGUUAACGAUAUUCCACUGGUAAACUACAUAACGCUCAAGUGUCUCUGCUCCACGGUGAUUACGAAAUUCGGUAUUCCGUACCGGAACCAGAUACCACGCACCCUGGAAGAUUUUGUCCGGUGGCACGAACCGUAAUAGCGAUGCAGCGAAAUCUUGCUUCCCUUCUUCUCAUAUUGGCGCCAAGAGUUAUCUUUGUUGUCGUAAAUCAGCACUCGGAUUUCAGGCAAAGUUGUGAGUGUUCUUCGACUGUUCGCUGCCUUCCAUUUCUAGAUAAAAUUUUGUCUUAAUAUUUACCGCUCGCUAAGAAUACCUGAGUUUCACAUUUAAAACAUUAUUUUAAAUGCUGUUUUCAAUACGUUUUAGAAAUGCCUGUAAAGAGUAUCAUCUUAAGUAUUUUAAUCGUUGUAAUGUCCCGAUUGCUUUGAAAUCUGCAUAUUUUUUUUUGAAAGGUAUUAGAAAAUUGAAUUACUAUUCGUAUUUUCUUGGAAGAUAUUUGUCGAGGGACAGAAAAUAGUUUGAUAUGUUUUUAUUGGUUCAAAUUUUUAUACACUCACGCAUUAAAAAGGUGGAACUCAUGCAGCAAUUCAUUGGGAUUAUCGUUAAUUUUAUCAAAUGAAUAUACAAUAAAUUCAUGGAAGCAAUCGAGAGAACUUAAGAUGUUCAGUUUCUAUGCUAAUGAAAAUCUACGUUCCACAGUCGUGCAGAAUGGUCAGAUAAAAAUGGAUAGUAUUUUUGUACGUUCAGUGCGUACAUCGAAACAAAAUGAGGAGUAUUAUCGAAAAAUAUGUUUUUUAUUACUCGCUUAAGUUUAACUCUGCCUGAAAACAACAAUUUUGCUUGGACUAUCAACACUGACUGUACUGACUGGACACUCGAUUUCAUUUGUUAGAUAUUUUUUCCAGCAGUACGCAAUAUCGAUUCUAGAGUGUGCAUCGAUCGCUUUUGAUGAAAUGCUAGCCCUGUUGUAAAGUGCCAACCAACUUUCAAAGAUAAAUACUCAAUUUCGACGAUACAAUCGGGCUAAACAGGUGAUUUUUUUCUACAGGGCAUUUUUUUGUCAAACUUUGCAGGUUCGCAAUACCUACGGUAGGUGGCAAAAAUAGCCGGAAAAUUAUCGGAUUUUUGUUCUAAGUGUCAUGUCAGUGUCAUUGCUAUAAAAUUUAAUUUCAAUAAGUUGAAAAAAAAAACAAAAAUAAUCAUCUGAUGUAACCAUUGACUGUUACUCAGUUGGAAACGCUUUCAACAAAUUCGACAUUUUUGUGACUAUCUACCAUUAAUCGAAAAAGCAUGAUUUAUUGUGUUUUGUUCCACAAAAAACCGUUGGUUGCCUGAGACGAAUAGAAAAAAUGAAUGGCAAGUCUUCUCAUUACAUCAUCCAUGAAUCAGGUUUGAUGCGCAUGUUUUUUAAUACUGAGUAUUUAAUUAAAUUCAACCAUUAACUCAGUGUCGAAAACCAAUUUUUUAAACAGUGCAAAACGUAGAAAAUGAUGGAAAAGCAAUUUUAGAAAUGCAACAAAAGCAAUUGGUUCGGCAGUUUUGAACGUGAUUGAUGUAGCAUUUUAGAUUUCAACAGGACAAGAAAAUAGUUCCACUGAAAUAGUUUAAAGCCAAGUGAAGCCACAAAGUUGCGCAAAUGUGUCCAAUAGAAAUUCGAUGUCUGUAUAUCCGUCUAGUAGCCAGUCGGGUAGCUCAAGCUUAACUAAUAAACUAUAGAGUGAAUGGAUGAUCUUCUACAAUAAAUCUCAACUAUGCACUACCUACUAUAGUAAAAAUUGAAAACAAAAAUAGACUGGUACAUACACGCGUAUUGUAAUGAACACCCGUAAGGAAUAAUAACAAUGUCAUAACUUAUUCGUAAGCUAGAAAAAACUAAGCAAACAUGCGCAACUGCGAAUAGACAACAACCCCAAAUAAAUUAGAGCAACAAUCCCCACUAUAUAGAAUAUCGAAUAUUAACCAAAAAUGAUAGAACGUGAGUAUUUAUUAAACCCUACAAAAUACAUACAACUAUUAAUGGAUCAUCCGUUUGACAAGCCAUUGUACAACAUUGGUGCGAAAUUAAAAAAGACUACUCAAUAAAAUAAACUCCAAACGACACAUAAAUUCUGUCGAAUUAAAAACAAAAAUAAAUCAAUACCAGCAUAAUGAUAUCUACAAAACUGGUUGUGAA